GCAGAAACACCAACAGAGAAACAACCCGAACUACUGCACACAUCAGCAAAUCAUCAGCCGAGCAGUGAAAUAUGGAGACAAACUGGUCGAACCAGAAAACAUGUUCAGCUGAAUGAAAGUUGACUGCUUUGAAACACAGAGAGAGACGGAGAUUGCAGCCACAACACUGAGCUUUCAGACUGAGAACACAGGUCUGGAUUUUAGCUUUUUAGUCACUUUGUUGUGUUUUCAAAGAAAGAAUCAGACACAAACAUGGAGACUGAAGCAGCUCUCCAGCUGGAGUGAAUGAAUACUUCAUUCCACAUUUACCUGAUAACACAGGUGCUCUCUGAAGUCUCCAACAAUUAAACGAGUCACUGCGUCUAAAAGGACUAAAGAUAAAGAUAAAGUAAACACGAGUUUACAAAGAUAAACAACAAAACUGCUGAAACAGAACAAAAGAGUCUGAAAUUAGAUAGAAAAUGAGUCUCGUUGAGGAACCUUCACAUGAAAAUAACCAGAAAGAGGCUAAAAUACGUCUCCAAGAGGACGACGAGACCAAUGACUUUGACCCAGAAGACCAAAAGGACAAAAACAUGAGUAUGAAAGACCUUCUUAAGACAAGUCAGAGCGAUAAAAGGAGCAUAAGCCCACUGAGUCUUCUCAAAGAGGACUUCAGCCAGUUUAAGGAAGAAGUGUUGAAAGUGUUCAGGGACAAAGACACGAAGACGGAGCGUGAGGACAGUCCAUCGAGCCAGGCAGAGAAUAAACCUGCCAGCAGUGCGCUCAGUGUCCUGAAAGAGGACUUCAAGCAUUUCAAAGACGACCUUUCUAACGUCUUCAGGAUUGGCCUUUCAAAGGAGAGCGACAACAAGGGCGUCACUGCGAAGGAAGAAUCGUCCAACACCUUGAAGGUAAAAGUCUCGAAAGCUGAAAGGUCUGACGAAGCCUUCAACCCUUUGAGUCUGUUCAGAAGAGACCAAAAACUUUUACAGACUUGUCAAACAGCAGAGAACAGUCAGGGAGGCGAAAAGACAUCUUCAGAAAAGGACGAGGAACAAAUGGACGAUUGUUUUAGGGGAAACCUCUCAGAGCAGGACGAAGAGACAGUCGACGGCGAGAAAAUCAACAACAUGAAAACCACGAUGAAUAAAGUGGAGGACAGUGAACGUGAUAUAAGUGUCUCUGAGGAGAAAACUGAAACACAGCAAAGUGAGGAGAUGAUCCCUACAUCACCGGCAGCCGAGCAGAGAUGUGAGAGUGAAGAGCAGAGUGACGACUCCUCCGUGGUGUCAGCCGAAGACCAGAGGAUAAACGAAGAGAAGCCAUCAGAGACUCUUCUCUGGGAGUCCCUGUCCGCUGGGAUCAGUCUCUUUAAUAUGAGAGACCCAAUCAAAGACGACACGAGGGAGAAGCCAGGAGGAGACUUGUGGUGGGUGAAAAACUUUGCCUGCUAUUUGACCUUUGACCCCAACACUGCCAACUCGGAGCUCCAUCUGACUGACUGCAACAGGAAGGCGACUCGAGUGUGGUCGGACCAUCGAUCCUCGGACCACCCGGACCGGUUCGCACGCUGUCCUCAGGUCCUGUGCAGGGAGGGGCUGCUGGACCCGGUGUACUGGGAGGUGGUGUGGAGCGGCGGCGCCGACAUCGGCAUCACCUACAACAGCAUCCCCAGAGACGGAGACACGGCGAGCUGUCUGCUGGGACACAACGAGCAGUCCUGGAGUCUGGAGUGUUCGGAGGGAAUCUACACACCGUGCCACAAUGGCAAGAGGUUCAGGUCCUCCUCACCCCAACCCUUCACCCACAGAGUCGGGGUUUACCUGGACUGGUGUGCAGGCUCUCUGUCCUUCUACUGCGUCUCUCAGGACACCAUGGUCCACCUUCACACCUUCACCUCCACCUUCACUGAGCCUGUGUUCCCGGGUUUCUGGGUCUGGGCCUAUGACGGCUCGGUGUCGCUGUCUCAGGUGGAGUUAGACUGGGAACGACUGCUGCAGUGACCCACUGAGAGCGAGGGGUGGGGGAGUUUGGACUCUCCGGCUCUCCGUCCACUCAGAGCUCAGCUUACAUGGGAUUGCAGUGAUCAUGUUAUAAUGAUAAUCUUCAGAUUUUUAAAAGUUAACUGUGGACACUGUUUUAUAUUUAUAAAUAUGUUGGCUUAUUUUAGGACAUGACGGGACUUGGCCUCGAAAAGAGUCACGAUCACUGCUUUAGUUUAUGUCUUAAGUUUGGGACAAAGCUGAAGACGAGCUGAAAGCUACAAAGACAAACCAACAUAAGGAUGUUUUAGUGUUUGACAGUCAGGACGGAGCAAAAACCUGAAGACUGAGUAAAUCCACCAGACAACACACUGAGCCUCUGCUCAGUCACCUCUGGAGCUCUGCAGGUAGACGACCACCAGAUCCCACAAGAACGCCAACUGACACUUGUACCAAAACAAACAUGGACGCCAACCAGCAGCUUGUUUAUAUGCAGCGACAUUUGUGCUAAAAAGGCCAAAAAAAAGGAGGAAAAAAGCUGAGAGUCUGGCGAGAUCCUGGAGCCCAGAGAGGGAACUUUGUCAAACGAAGCUAACUUCAGGUAAAGAUGUUUACUUACAGGUACGUCUCUCUCGGCGACACACAAGCGACGUCAUGUCAGUUGCGAAUAUCAGACACUCUUUACAUAUCACUAAAUGACUUUAUCUGCGACUGUCAACGCCAACUGACCGAGACCGGAACAGACCCGGUCCAACUUGGUCCCAUCAGCCACUCAACUGUCCUAAUGUGUGUCCCUGCUGUUAGCUGAAGCUGAAACUAAAAGACUGCAUUCUCAACAGGAUCAGUUCUGUCUGGAAAAUGUUUUGACGCUGAGAAUGAAACAUUGAUGAAGCUGCUUUAAUAAAAAACUGCCAACAGAG